AUGUCUAAUUUUGUAUCCUCACCAGGAAGAAUUCCGUCAGAUGCAGCUCAAUUAUUGAAUUCACAAACCUCCUCUGCAUUUGGUAGAGAUAUGUCAACACCUGCUCAGCCAAUUUUAUAUUCAGAAGAUGUUGCCCCUCAAUUACAACAACAACAGCAACGUGCCAUUCCUGGUAGACGUAGACAAAUUGCUGUUCCAAAAGUCGUUGAUGUUACCGGUGAAAAAGUUAGAGAAAGUUUUGAAACAUUUAUUGAAGAAUUUGUUGAUCCAGAACAGGUAAAUGACGACUGGGAUGGGAAGAUUUAUCUUGCACAAAUAGAAGCUAUGAAAACCUACGAAUACAGUACUUUAUAUGUCGACUAUCAACAUUUAUUACUGAGAGAAAAUGGGGUUUUAGCUACUGCUAUCCUGGAACAAUAUUACCGUUUCUCACCAUUUUUAUUAAAAGGUUUACACAGAUUAUUGAAAAAAUACGCACCAGGUUUAUUGCACACUAGUUUGCUUCAUAAUACUGACGAAACUGCCAGUGAGACUUCUACAAGUACACAGGCCAACGAACGUGUUUUCCAAAUUUCAUUUUUCAAUUUACCAACAAUUCAAAGAAUAAGAGAUAUUAGAUCUAAUAAAAUUGGUUCCUUGAUGGCCAUUCUGGGUACAGUGACCAGAAGUUCAGAGGUCAGACCGGAAUUAUAUCGUGCUUGUUUCACUUGUGAUUUAUGUUCAGCUGUCAUUGAAGGAGUUGAACAAGUAUUCAAAUAUACUGAACCAACAUCAUGUCCAUCCUGUGAGAAUCAAUCAUAUUUUACAUUAAAUGUUUCCAAGUCACAAUUUAUUGAUUGGCAAAGAGUAAGAAUACAAGAAAAUUCCAAUGAGAUUCCAACUGGAUCUAUGCCUCGUACAUUGGAUGUUAUUUUAAGAGGGGAGAUUGUUGAAAAGGCUAAACCUGGUGACAAGUGUAGAUUCACUGGAUGUGAAAUUGUCAUCCCAGAUGUGUCUCAAUUAGGGUUACCUGGUGUUAAACCACAAUCAGUUAAAGAUUCAAGGGGGUCUGAGUUGAGUAGUGGUGUUACUGGGUUGAAAUCUUUAGGGGUUAGAGAUUUGACAUAUAAACUUGCAUUUGGCGCAUGCCAUGUUGCUUCAUUGAUCAAUAAAGCAGGUGGAAAUGAACAACUUGAGGUAGAUGCUAAUGACCAAGAAGUGUUCUUGACUUCAUUGAGUGAUUCAGAAGUAGCUGAAUUGAAGGAAAUGGUUAAAAAUGAACAUAUUUAUGAUAAAUUGGUUCAGUCUGUUGCCCCAGCCGUGUUUGGCCAUGAAGUCAUCAAAAAGGGUAUUCUUUUACAAUUAUUGGGAGGUGUUCACAAGGAGACAGUUGAUGGUAUUAACUUAAGAGGUGAUAUUAAUAUCUGUAUUGUUGGUGAUCCAUCCACAUCUAAAUCACAAUUUUUAAAAUACGUUUGUGGAUUUUCACCUCGUGCAAUCUAUACUUCAGGUAAAGCCUCUUCUGCUGCAGGUUUAACUGCUGCAGUCGUCAAAGAUGAAGAAAGUGGAGACUUUACCAUUGAAGUUGGUGCUUUAAUGUUGGCUGACAAUGGUAUUUGUGCUAUUGAUGAAUUUGAUAAAAUGGAUGUUUCUGAUCAAGUUGCGAUUCACGAAGCUAUGGAACAACAAACAAUUUCCAUUGCUAAAGCUGGUAUUCAUGCUACUUUGAAUGCCAGAACAUCAAUUUUAGCAGCUGCUAAUCCAAUUGGUGGUAGAUACAACAGAAAAAUGGGACUCCGUGCCAACUUGAACAUGACAGCACCAAUUAUGUCAAGAUUUGAUUUAUUUUUUGUUAUUCUUGAUGAUUGUAAUGAAAGAGUUGAUACACAAUUGGCAUCUCAUAUUGUUGAUUUACAUAUGCUCAGAGAUGAAGCUAUUGAUCCUCCAUAUUCUGCUGAACAAUUGGCCAGAUAUAUCAAGUACGCCAAGACUUUCAAACCGAAAAUGACAAAAGAAGCCAGAGAUUUCUUGGUCACUAGAUAUAAAGAAUUGAGAGAAGAUGAUGCACAAGGGUUAGGAAGAUCUUCCUAUAGAAUUACUGUUAGACAAUUGGAAUCUAUGAUCAGAUUGUCAGAAGCCAUUGCUAGAGCUAAUUGUACCGAAGAAAUUACUCCAAGUUUUGUUGCCGAGGCUUAUGAUUUAUUGAGACAGUCUAUUAUUAGAGUUGAAAUGGAUGAUAUUGAAAUGGAAGAAGACGAAGAAGGUGAACAACAACCAGAAGAUGGCGAAUCACAUCCAGACGUACAACAACCACAACAACAAGAGCAAUUGCAAGAACAACCAGAAGGUGAACAAACUCAAGAUACACAAAGAACACAGAAUGUUUCUAUUUCAUAUGAUAAAUACUUAUCUAUCAUGAACUUGUUAGUGAAGAAGAUAACAGAAGAUGAAAAAGCUGGAGGCGAUGGUGUUGCCGCUGAUGCAUUAGUUGAAUGGUAUUUGCUUCAAAAAGAAGAUGACAUUGACACUGAACAGGAAUAUUUACAAGAAAGAAAAUUAGCAUACAAAGUUUUGAAGAGAUUGGUAAAGGAUAGAAUCUUGAUGAGUGUUACUGAAGGUGAAGAGGUUGUUUAUAUCAUCCAUCCAAAUUGUGCUAUUUUAGAUUUCUUUGAUAGAGAGUAG